CGCCGUCGAAUGCUGCUGGGGAAACCCCCGCCGUCACCGUCGCCGUCUCGGAUGGAGGGCCCGACCGGAGCGGCGUGCCCUUCGAACGAAGGGCUCGUGCAUUUCAUGCUGCAGACGAAGGUCGAGCUCUCGCAGACCCCCAAGGGCUUGUCGGAGAACGCGGAGGCCACUCUCGCCAGGGCGAUUCACAACGUUUCCCGGUCCCAGUCGCCGAUAAGCUCCCUCAAGGAGUUAUCGCAAGUGAAGGGCGUUGGGAAGUGGAUUCUGAAGCUCGUGCGACGAUAUUUUGAGAACGAUACGCCCGAUUCUGAAAAUGAAGACUUGACCACCAAGGGUAAGAAUGCCAAAGGAACCAAGCGUUAUCUUCCCAAAAAGAAUUCUGUUGCCUACGCAUUGCUGAUUACUCUUUACAGGGGAAUCUCAAACGGGAAUGAAUACAUGCGUAAGCAAGAGCUCAUUGACGCAGCUGAAGCUAGUGGACUUUCUCGGGCCCCAAUUGUUCCAGAAAAAGGAAAAGGGAAACCUGGUCAAUUUGGAAGUUCUCCAAGGGACUGGUACAGUGGAUGGAGCUGCAUGAAGACACUGAUAACUAAGGGAUUAGUUAUGAAAUCUAGCUGUCCAGCAAAAUACAUGCUUUCUCAGGAAGGCAAGGAUGCAGCACGAGACUGUCUGCUGAGGUCUGGUUUGGCGGACUCAUCUCACUGCGAAGAAGGGUCUCUUGACCUGGACAUGGUCAAUGGGGUGAAUCUGGAGACUGUGAGCCCUGAAUCUUCUGAAGAUUUGACAGUCCAACCUAUUUGCGUGAGAAAGCGGCAAAACCCAACCGAUAUUCCCCCUCAAACUCUUGAGAGAUUUUUGGGCAUGGGGUAUGCGGAGGAGCAAGUUCUUUGUGCUGUUGCUGAAGUUUCAAAAACUUCUGAUGGAAGGGAUAUUUCAACUCUAUGGCCAGCAAUUCAAUGUCGCCUCAGAGAGGAUCAAGUAUACGGUUGUUCCACCUCAACCACAUUUGCCAUGAAACGUUGUUCAACUUCAACCAGAUCUGCAGUGGCACAUGGUCAAGUAGACAUUGAAGGAAGUCAGAGUACAAGGGAGGAGCCUGUCUGUGAUGAUGUAACCAACACAAAAUACUCCUUCAUGGAAUCAUCACAGAACUCUUUUACCAUGAAACCUUGCUCCACCAAUGUAUGUUUGCGCUGGGAUUAUCCAGCGAGUGGAUCAGGCUCUUUUAGUGUGGAGGGCAGUAUGAAUGUUUUAAGCAAGCCGCCUCUCAAUUUUGGAGAGAGGUUCCAGGAUGUAUAUGAAGUAAUCUUAAUAUUGGAUGACCGAGAGCAAUUUGCUACUCGUGGGUCACGUUCUCGGAGAAUAAUUGACAACAUUUGCAGCCAAUUUAACGUCAAAGUAGAGGUCAGGCGGCUGCCAGUAGGAGAUGGAAUCUGGAUAGCUCGUCAUAAAUAUCAUGAUUCUGAAUAUGUUCUUGAUUUUAUAGUAGAGAGAAAGAAGGUUGAGGAUUUGCGUUCUUCCAUCAGAGAUAAUCGCUACAAGGAUCAGAAAUUCAAGCUACUGAGGUGUGGGCUUAAGAAGCUGAUUUACCUUGUGGAAGGUGAUCCAAAUCAGUGUGAAGCUGCCGAAAGCAUCAAGACAGCUUGUUUCACGACAGAGAUUCUGGAGGGUUUUGACGUGCAGAGAACAAGCGGUCUAGCCGAUACACUUAAGAAGUAUGGUCAUCUGACUCAAGCGAUUGUUCAUUAUUACACAUCACAAUUGCAAGAUGACCAGUCCAAAAGCACUGGGGUUUGCCCCCCUUUCGAUGAGUUUAUCAAAAGAUGCCAAGAUGCGGAGAAAAUGACUGUGAGUGAUGUCUUUGCCAUCCAACUCAUGCAGGUUCCACAAGUGACCGAAGAAGCUGCUAUAGCUGUUAUUGACAUGUACCCAACCCUUCUCUCUCUUGCCCGUGCCUAUGCUCUUCUGGAUGGUGACCUAUGUGCCCAAGAGGAAAUGCUAACGAGGCAGACCAACAAUGUUGUCAACAAGCUUGCUAGUAAAAACAUCUUCCGAUUGGUCUGGGGUGAUUGAUUUCUGCUACCUCUUAAAAUUUGACAAUAGGAUGCUGGUCAAAAGAUUUACGCAUCUACACCGAAAAAAAGAGGGGAGGAAAAUGUGAAUGCAAAAAACUUCAUGUAUUAACGCUGUGGGCAUUAGGAUGUGCACAGGAAUAUGAUUUUGUUAUUUCAAUAUUAAUCAAGUGCUCUCGAGGGCAGCAGUAUGCCCUACUUUGUUGGAUAUU